ACGCGCUCCUGUGGUCCUGCCCGCGGUCCUUCGGCAGCCCGCCGUACUGUGGCUGCAUCCUCGCUGCUCAUCCUUCUCGCAGGGUAGGAGUUCAUACUCCAAGCUUGCAAAAUGUCAUCUAUCAAGCAUCUCGUCUAUGCAGUUAUCCAUUUUUUGCGGGAACAAAGCCAGAUAGAUACUUAUACUUCAGAUGAACAAGAAAGCUUGGAAGUUGCAAUUCAGUGCUUAGAGACAGUUUUCAAGAUCAGCCCAGAAGAUACUCACCUUGCUGUAUCACAACCGCUGACAGAAAUGUUCACAAAUUCCUUCUGUAAGAAUGACAUUUUGCCACUCUCAAAUUCUUUGCCUGAAGAUGUGGGGAAAGCAGAUCAAUUGAAGGAUGAAGGUAAUAACCACAUGAAGGAAGAAAACUAUGGUGCUGCAGUGGACUGCUAUACACAGGCCAUAGAACUGGACCCAAAUAAUGCAGUUUAUUAUUGCAACAGGGCUGCUGCCCAAAGCAAACUAGGUCACUACACGGAUGCAAUAAAGGAUUGUGAGAGAGCAAUAGAAAUCGAUUCCAAGUACAGCAAAGCCUAUGGGAGAAUGGGGCUGGCCCUUACUGCCAUGAAUAAAUAUGAAGAAGCAAUUACAAGUUAUCAGAAAGCAUUGGAUCUUGACCCAGAAAACGAUUCUUAUAAGUCUAAUUUGAAAAUAGCAGAACAGAAAUUAAGGGAGGUGGCUAGUCCUACGGGUACAGGACUGAGCUUUGACAUGGCUAGUUUGAUCAACAAUCCAGCCUUCAUUAGCAUGGCGGCAAGUUUAAUGCAGAAUCCUCAAGUUCAACAACUCAUGUCUGGAAUGAUGACAAAUGCCAUUGGGGGUCCUGCUGCUGGGGUUGGAGGCCUAACUGAUCUGUCCAGUCUCAUCCAAGCGGGACAGCAGUUUGCUCAGCAGAUACAGCAGCAGAAUCCUGAGCUUAUUGAGCAGCUGAGAAAUCACGUCCGGAGUAGAUCCUUUAGCAGCAGCACUGAAGAGCACUCCUGACUUGUUGGGAGACUUCUCCUAGAAUUACAAUGUGAAUGGUUUUAUAGGCCUGACAUGUUUGCUGUAGUUAGUUGGGGGGUGGGAGGGGGGAAAGAAAGAAAGAAAAAAGAAAGAAAGAAAGAAAGAAACAAAGAAAGGGCACCAUUUUAACUCUGCUGCUUGGAAAUGAGAUGAAGAGAAAACCCUGGUGUGUUUCUUUAAGAAUAAAUCUGUUUAGAAAAUAGAUUUACCAAUCACAGACUUGAACAUAUCAUUGUACGUACGUAGAGUGAUUCCUUUGUAACUGAAUAUUUAAUAGCCUUAUUAACUAGGAUACCAACAUAACAGUUGACAAGAUUCUAUUUUCAGUCUCUAUCCUGUGUAUUAGUAUUGUGUCAGGGCCUCUUCACAGAAGGAAAUAUUAACUGAACACUAGGCUGUUUGUUGGGGAGGGCUUUGGCUCAGCAUGCCUUUGUGGGGACAGGGGUAAGGCAAGAUUUUUAAAUGCCACCUUAUUCCUUUGACUUUUUGGUCAGAUGUCUUUUGCUCUGUGUCCCAGAAGCACUGUAUUUGCACCUGAGCAGCAUGGAGCCAGGGCUAACACAGCUCACCCUCACCCUUACUCUCAGCGAGCUCCCUUCUGGCAUUGCUUGUUCAUGUCAGAGGAUCCAGACCAUAGUUACUAGUGUCAGCUAAUUUAGUAUUAUUCAUGGUAAUGGGUGAGAAAUAAACUAGGAACUGGUGAAAAGGAAAGCUUGGAGUAAUUUAGAGGGGAAAAAAAACAAAAAAACAAUGUCAAAGAGCUGGAUAGAGAAGGGGAGAGGAAUGGAGAUUGAGAGAAAAGAGGUAGAUGCCAAAAAUGAAAUUGGGGUGGCAUGCCCAGAUUUUCUAUGAAACAGCCCUUAGGGAGUCUUGCUCACAGUGUGGUACUGGUAGGAUUUGCAUGGCCAGCUGUGUUUUGUAUAAAUAUGCAUCCAUAUGCAUAUAUAUGAAUGUGCAUAAUGAAAUAUGCUUAGAAAUCUUUUGUGGUGAUACAUAAGUCAGCUAUGUAAUGGUAUCAUUUAACUAGCACAAUUUUGACCACUGGAAACCUCAUCACAGGCAAAAUAGAAAACAAAACAAAAACCCUUAACAUGGGUCAGUAUGGACAUUAGGUUCAAAUAAAUCAGUGGCUUGGACUUGAGGGUUUUCUAAGUGUAUUUAAUUAUGUUCUAAUAAACAUUGGUUUUUUGAUCUCAGAAAUUUUAUGAUGGAUCACAAAUGAUAUCCGACAGUGACUAACAUUGCUUGCUCAUACAAUCAUUUGCUUCCUUACGCUUAAUUUGUCACACUAACCUUCUGUUUUUAAGCCUCUGUCAAAUACAAAAUUUAACCAUCACCUUUACCGGAAAUAUUACAAGUGAUUCAUUCCAUGCAGGACGCUGUAAUCAGAGGAGUAAAGGUGUUAUGAGAAUACUAAAGAGGCCUGCGGCUAAAACAGUGGACUAGGCUGGGUUUAGUCCCGUGUCGACUUCAGUACAGUAAGCCACUAGACAUCAGCAUAUCUGUGAUCUCAUCCCUGAUUCAGGCCAUUGGUACAGAUCACAGCCCAACCAUGCCUUCUUUUAUUCUGUGACAUUUUAUCUUUGUUCUUCUAGACCCUUCACAGGGGAGCUAUACAAUGUAUCAGACUUUUGUUUAAGUUCUUUCUACAUUUCAUGGGUUCAAAUAUAGCCUGGUUUAUGUGUUAUCCUUUUCCAGCCAGACAUUUGCUGAUGUCUGUAGGUUGCUACUUGAAUCAAGGUAGGUUACUAGUUUUAUAAAUAGGGUCAAUACAUAAAUCUCACAAGUCUUAUGAGAGGGGAAUUUGUGAGAAAAUCACCAAGCCCUUCAUUUCCUUUUUUCAUUUAUCAGUGUUUUUCAGAUAUCCUGUCAAUGCCAGCAGUUUCUCAUUUUCAUUCUUUUAGCUCAUUUUGGAGUAUCCCAGUUGCCAAUCCCAAAUUCUUACUUCCUCCAUCCAAUUUCUCAUUUCUGAAGAAGGGAUUGCAGAAAAUCAGCUUUUCAGUGCAACUUUGUGAUCUGGUGUUAAUCACAAGGUUAAUUUCUUCCCUCCUUUCCUUCUCUUAUCUCCCAAUCAACCCUCUCUUUUUUUUUUUUUUUUUUUUUUUUUCUUUUUCUAAUCUCUCAGAGCCAACAGUUUUCUGUGUUCCAUUUUGGGGGGGAGGGAGAGGGAAGGCAUGCUAAAGAUAAUGCAAGGUUUUUCUUCCAACUUGACAUUUAUCAAUCACCUAAUAUGUGCUAAAGAUACACUAGGAAACAAUUUAGCCUAAUGCAACGCACCCAGCUUGAUGUUAUCGCUGUUCAUUCCUUUUGGCUUCUCCAUUGGUUCAGAGAGGAUGUUCUUUCACAGCUGUCGAUCUGCUCUAUGGCAAACACUGCCAUCUAUUCAUCUGACUUCACCCCAUCUGGAUAGGGGUAGGGAAUAUCCUGAAGGUGCUAUGACUACUAAGCUCUCUAUUCAGAUGAAAUGUACUAUGAUUGUAGUGGCAGAAAAUCGGCUACCACCCAUCUUCCCAAAGGUCUCAGCCCAGAUUUUCCUUAUAUUAUGGUUGUCAAAGUUUCUUCUGCAGUUAAACAAAAUAUUUUAAGAGUUUGGCUUCAUGAAGCAGGGGGAGUAAGUAUAAAGCCAUAGUCCUAUCUGGCAGGGAAGAUGAUAGUGGGAAAGGGAAGGACAGAAUAACUAAAGUUGCCAUAGUAAGCCCUAAUGUAUUUGUAUGUGAGACACUGAAAGAAGAGGUUGGUUAUUACUCGCUGGUCUCAAGUAUUUUACUCAGAGCAAUACAUCUUAUGGGCUCAAGGCCAGACUCUUUGUACUCCAGGUUUGCUCCCAAUUAACUCACAUGAAACCUUAUUAGCCUUCAAGAUACCCUUGUAGCUCAACUCUGGCCUCUUGCCAGAAGUCGAUUUGAUUUUAAUGAAUAACUAAUCAUCCUUGCAAAUAUCAGCUGUUGACAUUAGAUCUAUGGGUGUAGAUACUCUUCAAGCACAUUAAAAACAUUUUGAAAACCUAAUUUCUUUAUUCUCUGGUGUCUGUGGUCAAAAUAUACUAUUCUGUGUUAAAGUGGUUUCCAUGUAUCAUCACCUUUGUUUUAUGGGAAGUGCAAGGGCAUUUGGCUGAUGGCACUGUUUCUACUUCCUGCUUUUAACCCUCCUUGACUUCAAAAGAUCUCUUUCCUGAGAUUUUUCAUUUUCUUAAACACAGCCAAUUUGGUAUAUAAAUCAUAUAAUCUUAGCUUUUGUCUGCUCCUCAGGAUUUAUGAUUUAUCUGGACAUUUGACUGCAUAAAAGAAUUUCCUGUCUCUCCCUCAUUAGGUUAAGGAGCUGGAUAUUUUGUCAUCUUUAUUCACAUUGAAGAACCUCUAUUGUUGAUUUACAGGGUGAAAUUUUUGUAGCCUUUUCUUCUGCUCAAGGUUGCAAAAACAAUCCCAGUUUUGGGGACCAGUUCUGAUCAAUUUAUACUAUUUAUUCAAUUGAAGGUUAAUUAAAAAAAAAAUUUUUUUUAAAGUAAGGCAAGACACAGGUGUGUGUCCAGAAUUGUGAUAUCACUGAUGUAGGGAUUUUCAGGAGUUUCAGGUUUAAUUCCCUCUACUGAUGUAGAAGACUCAGAAAAAGUUUCUCAACUUCAUUAAGUAGAUUUCUGCUGUUAUGGUUAUAUUAAGGCAUUGUAUAUAUAAUCCUUGACUUGUGCUUAGGUGGCAAUGUUCACUCCAUGUACCAUGCAGCAAAGAAUUAAUUUCAUACUUAUAUUUUACAAUAUGUAAUACAAGUACUCGUCUUUUCUAACUAAUGGCAUUAUAUAAUAUUACAGGGUUACAUUACAAGUGAAAGUAUAAACUGUGCGAGGGUCCAAUUACUUGUAUAUUAACAGAAGAGGCUUUAUAAUCCUGAAACCAAACAAUGUAGCAACUCCCAAGUGACCACCACACAUUAAAUGCUUUUCCAUUUGAAUCUGGGAAAAUAGAAGGGUCCUCCAUGAGUAAAUGUAUGAUGAAAAACUAACGAGCCAAUUAUACUGGCUACGUGGUUUUGCUGUCAUUUAAUGCAUCUUAAAUCACUGAGGAAGAAAAAGAAAAAGACACUUUAUAAUUUAACUAAUUGCACUUUAUUUUACACCGAGGACAUUUCAUACAGAUUAUUCCAAAUAAAGUGGCUAACCAUGUUCUGAAAUCACUUUCAUUUUAGGCCAACAAGUUUGUCAUGGUAAUUAAUAAAUACCAAUGCAUUUAAAAUAAAUGGAUGUUUUUAAAUUAUUUAAGUCACACUUAAAUUGCAUAUAUAGUCUAAAUUUUUAAUAUUUCAGCUUGACAAAUUAAUAUUACUUUUUACAUAAUGGUUUAUGAGCUUUUAUUAUGCUGACACAAUUCAAAUGACUAUUAUUAUUUCACAAAAAGCUUCAUUUCACUGUAUAUUCAGCAUUUUCUUUGGCUGCGUGAUAGUGAUAAGCAAAUUUGGUGAUAAAAUGUAACGAAGGGGCAAUUUAUCAUGAGAAAAUAAAUACAAGAAGCACUUAAACUUCAAACACAAGACAUAUCAACGUCUGAACACUGAAAAUCAUCAUGGCAAGCGGGGUAGAUUUUAGGUUGCAGCAAAUCAUUUCCUGGCUUUGAGAGGCACGAAAAUUCCGUUAGAUUCCUUAUUUAGUAAUAAGAUGACUGAGUUAUCCCAUAGUUAUAACAUGGCCCAAAUGUGGGAGGAAUAACUGUUGGAACUUGACCAAUUCUGACCAUGUUGUUAUGGCAAAUAUAAAAAUGUUAAUA